AUGGAUAUGCAUCUAUCGGCAAACAACCUUUCUUUUUUAGCAGAGCUACUUAGUUUCUACAAGUUUCCUGGGGAAGAGAUUCCAAUUGUUCGAGGUUCAGCCCUGUCUGCCUUGCAGGGGACAAAUGAAGAACUUGGAAAGAAGGCUAUCUUAAAAUUAAUGGAUGCUGUGGAUGCAUACAUUUCUGAUCCUGUAAGGCAACUUGAUAAUAGAAAAUGUUUUCUCUAUUCAGACGAGAAGGUGUUGAACAAGGUUCAAGAGGGAAGCUUGCCUAAGGCAAUUACCUCAUUCAUUCAACAUGAUUUUCGAGUCUCCCACCAGAUAGCAAUUGAAUCAACCUUAGCAAAUGCUGAUGUGAUUCCACUCUACUACUGUCUAUUGUCACCUGAUCUGUCGGCUAAGAAGCAGGGUAGUAUAACUGCAUUGGAGGUUUGGAGAGCUAAUGAAGCUGUAGAGAGUGCUGCGGAAGAAUAUUUAGUCUCACAUGUGAAUAUUAAGAGCACCCUUUCUUUUUCUCAACCUUCAUUUGUAACCAUAUAUUUGCAGCAUGCUGCAAACAUUAUAUUUGUAACCAUAAUUGUUAUUGUUAUAAAUAUGAUUGAGGGAUUUUAUCUCUAA